AAAUGUUAAGAAUUUACAAAAAUUAUAAUUAAAGAAUAAUAAAUAAUAAAAGAAUAAGAUAGAAAACAUAUGACUGCCGUGUGAUGUACAAUUGGUCAUAAAAGCGAAUGUAAAUAACAAAAUCAUCAAAAGCAAAUUAAACGAAAUGUUGGAUAAUGCGCGAGGUAAAGCGUUCAAAUGUGAACAAUGUAACUAUACAACCAAUCGCUCCUUCGAUCUUCGGCGCCAUCAACAGCGCCACGAACGGGUGAAACCAGUGGAGGGAACUGCAUUUAAAUGCAGCGAAUGUCAAUUUGUAACCAAAUGGAAACGCAAUAUGGGACGCCACAUGGAGAAACACAAAAGAAGUGUGGCAACAACGAUGGAGGAGGAGGAGGAGGAGCAAGGCAAACAACUGGAGGAUCAGACUAUAGAGGAGUAUAUAGUGGAAGUUAUAGAAGCAGAGGAAGGUGAAUAUGAUGAUGAGCUAAAGGAAGCUGUAGAGGAACUAAACACUAAUGUAAUCUUGGAGCUGCCUUUGGAGAAGACUAAUGAGGCACCGCAGAGAAAAUCACAGAAGCGUUUCAAGUGUGAGCUCUGCCGCUACACAUCGAAUAGAGCCUUCGAUUUGCGUCGGCAUAAACAAACACAUUUUAGAGUAAAAGUCGUUGAUGGCAUGGCGUACAAAUGCUCCGAAUGCAAUUUCUUAACCAAGUGGAAACGCAAUAUGAGGCGGCAUAUGCGGAAACAUGAAGAGCCCGACGAAGAUGUCGAAGUGGAGAACGCAGUAGAGGAAACCUGUGAAGAAGUCUGCGAGGAAACCCUUGAGGCUGUCUACGACAAGGUAUAUGAGUCGGCACAAGUGAAAAAUGAUCCGUCAUCCGAGGAAUAUAUAGUUGAGCUCAUAAAUGCCGAGCUCUUAAAUUCGGAUUUGGAUAUGGCUACAAUAUACACAGCUCCAUCGGAAUGCUCCGAGACACAAUCGCAGGAGGAGCUGCCAGAGAAACGCUUUAAAUGCAAUCAAUGCGAAUAUGAGUCAAAGCGCGCUUACGAUUUGCGAAGGCAUUUGCAAGUUCACGAGAAGAUUAAGCCCCUUCAAGGCAUUGCAUAUCAAUGCAAUGAAUGCUCCUUUAUAACUAAAUGGAAGCGGAAUAUGGGAAGACAUAUGGAAAAACAUAAACCCAAUCCACUUGUAGAAGCUGGGACGGAUGAUGAAUUUAUUGUAGAACUAAAAUCUAAUGCACAAAUGGAUAAAAGAAAGGUCAUUGAGAUGGAGGACGAUCCUGAGGUGUUGCCAUCCUAUUGGAUUGCUCUGCCAUCAACAUAAAAUUGAUCGAUAUAUACCCGAUAUCAUGAUAUUCGAAACUAAAAUGUUAUAUGUAC